AGUGAUCUUUUUGCGAGGAGAGAAUGGCUGAAAACUACUGAACUUCCCUCCGCGGAACGGCGUCAUCUUCGUGUGAAUCGCAAAAAAGCAAGGGAAAUCGCGCAUCGCCAGGUAUCAUGAGUACACCGGAAGUGGCCACCAGUGCUGGUGGCGGUGCUAGUGGUGAAAAAUCGCUCGUGUCGGUUUCCGUUUCCUCGUCGUCGUCGUCGGCCGCGGUGGUCUCGUCGGUCGCGAGCGUUACGGGAGGCGGCGGCGGACUCGUUGGCAAAACCGUGUCAUCCGGAGGUGGUGGUGGCGCCAGCACCACGACGACCACGAUACCGAUCGAUCUGGCCGCGGCCUCCAAGGUGCUGGUACGCACCGAUAAGGCCACCAUCCCCGGUGGGACCACCACCUACAGAUUCGGAUCCACAGCCACCGGCCAGAUGCGUGUCGUCAUACCGAGCAGCGUGUCCCAGCAAACCUACUAUCGCCAGCCGGCAAACAUUAAGCAAGAUGCGACCACAAAUCGUACACAGAUCAGUACGCUACCAGCGGGAAGUGCAAUUACCGCUGGGGCGACUGCUCGUACCGCGGUCACGGCAACCUCCGUACCGCUGACCGUGUCCCGUGCUCAAAGUACCACACCAACGACCGUCUCGUAUCACGUCUCGAACCGGACCGUCCAAUCGGCGACACCGAUCGUGACGGCGAAUCUGCCACCGGGUGCCGCUGUCCGUGCCACGACCAUCAAUGGCCCCAUACGCAUCUCGACGCCCCCGAUACAGGUGGCCAACAGUAAUAGUGGUGGUGGGGGUGGUGGUACAGGAACCGGUGGUGCAACAGUGGCUACGGCAGUCGGGAACACAACCUACGUCCGGAUGCCACCUAAUGUGGUGCAAUCACAGGUACGAAGUACGACCACGGGUGCUACAGCGACGGCCACGGCUACGACUACACUCGUGCAGAACUUCCAAAUGUCCGCCCAAUUGAUACGUGCUGCGGCAGGUGGUGCUGGUGGUGGUGCGACGACGGGCACAUUGACUGCCGCUGGUGUUACACCGAGGGCACGAGUCGUUACACAGACUACCCUGCCUGCCAGUCACCAUCAGGUGGUACAGGGCAGCGCCGCUGGUACACCGGUGGCCGUUGUGAAUAGUUCCGCAGUGGGCACUUCCGUGGUCGGUGGUCAACUGCAAACGGUGGUUAGCAGUGGAAGCAACACCGGUGGCAGUAACAACGCCGGAACAUCCGGUGCUACCGCUGCCACCAGCUCUGCCCAGCACGCCUACGUGGCAGCAUUAUCGAUGGGGCCACGGCAAGUGUCGACGCUCGUCUACACGAACAACAGUGCCACUGGCCAGCAGCAGCAGCAGCAGCCUCAACAGCAACAGCAGCAGCAACCACAACAGUACACGAUCAGUAGUGGUCCGAAUCAGCAGCGGCUUACACUGGCCACUACACUCUCACCGCAGCGUCCAACGACCGCAACCGUAAUGGGAGCAGGCACCACGGGGACAAUCCGUCCCACGAUACAGCGACUACCGACGACCGGUAUCCGGGUGAGCAACUUCCGUUCGCCCGUGCUCACCCCAACAACCGUGCUCACGACGAUCGCAUCAGGCAUCGGCGGUGCCUCGGCUACGCUCACCAAUACCCAGCAAAACCAACGUACGGUCACCAGUGGGACGACCAACAUCUCGAAUGCCAUUCCGGCGCGCAUCAUCCAAGUACCGAAUCCGGCUGCAUCCGGUGGUACAACGGCCGGUACGGCCCAGAUCGUAAAUGGGCGCAUCCAGACAAAUCUGCUUAACAUACAGCCCCUGAUCGUUAGUAGCAGCAAUGGCCGACAGACAGUGGUCGGUGGUAGUGCAACACAGCAGCAACCAGCCGGCCUUACGAUCGCCCAGGUCACGGGAAAGCUAACGCAAGUUGGAACGGUUGGAAAUGUGGCAGCCGCGACGGCCUCAACAGAUAGUGCGUCGAAUUCCACGACCACCACUACCCUACAGACGGCAUCCGGGCAGCAGAUCGUUGUCAGUACAACCGGUGGUGUGCCCGGUGUCGUACCAGUGGCCGCUAGUGGUGGUACACCGGCCACAAUCAUUACCGGCAAUCUGAUCACGACCGGUGGAAGUGCUGCUGGUGCUAGUAGUGGUAGUGGUGGUGGUGGUGGAGGUGCAGGAGUAGCCGUCAGUGCCGGUGCUCACCAUGGAACGGGACAAAUCACACAAAUUGUUAACAUGAGUGCCCCGACGGUCGUAUCGGUGGCCAGUGGUGCACAGGUUGGUGCUAGUACCGGUGGAACGGCCACCACGGUUAUACCGAUACCGUUGGCCCUUACCGGAGCACGCAGCAUUCAAGGAGCCGCCGGUACGGCUGGCCACAGUCCACUGAGCAUCGGAACGGUGGCCACAUCACUCGCCGGAAUCGUGCGUACAACCGGUGGUGCGACGGCGGUCACUUCACUUGCAUCCGUACUACCGAUCGCCAAGGUUACACCCCAGCAGCUGAUAGAAUCAGCCGGAGGUACCGCUAGUGGUGGUACACUACAUUACUCCGUGGCUGCUAGUGGCAAUGGACCUUCGCUAUACAUCCAAACACGUCCCGGCAAUAAGAGUGCGGGUCCAGGAGGUGCUACGCUAAGUGUCGUAUCGUCAUCGGCACCGGGGGGCAACAGUACGAGUGGCGGCGGCAGUGGUACAUCCGGUGUAAGUGCGGCAGCAUCCGCAACACCAUACGUGCCACCAUCAUCGUCUUCGUCGUUCUAUUACGAACGGUUAACCUCAUCCCCGGCAGUAUCAUCGGCAGCGGCGGCCUCAGUCGCUGCAUCGAUUUCUCUCGCCACUGGAGGUAGUGGUGCUAUCCCGGUAACGCUGUCCUCGGCCUCAUCGACCACGAUCACAACGACGAGUGGUGGUGGACCGGUCUUUUCGAUUUCGUCAACCUCGAGCGUCAUUAGCAGCAGCAACAGUAGUGGCAGUGUCGUCGUUGGUACCACUGCCGCAUCCAACAGUAAUCAACAAUCGACAUCGACGGGCCAUCCUACGGUUGUGUCUUCGUUGGCACAGUACGGUGCCGGUGGAUCGUUUGCGAUCGUACAAGCCGCCGGUGGAGGACAUAGCGUUACGACCGGUGGUAGUGGAGGUGGUGCCAGUGGUGGUCGUGCCACACUGACGACGGGCCCAAUCCAUGGCCUUGUACCAGCUUCACUGACCGGCGAUAGUGGUGGUACUGGUACAGCCAUUACCAGGAACAUUGUCUCUGUGUCACGCGAUGCCUCGAUUCGGUUCCAUCCGCAGCUACUGGUCGAUGCCAGUGGUCAAACGCAACAGAUCAUCGUCUCCAGUGCAGCCGGAGGAAUCAGUUCCGUGGCCUCAAGUGUCGGUAGUGGCGCUAGUGGUGGUACGAUUGUGCCUUUGCUUUCAGUCGCUACCGGCAACAAUGCAGUCACGAUCGUAGGAAACAACAACACCGCCAAGCAGCAGCAGCAGCAGCAGCAACAGGAAUCACCACAAUCGAGCAUUCUACGGAAGCGCGCACUAGAAGGAACGCUCAAAACGAUCAGUACACCGGCCGCUGGAAGAGAUCUAACGCAGGCGUUGCUCGCGGUGGAGAAGGAACGAUCAGCACGGGAACAGCACGAACAGCAACAGCAGCUGCAGCAGCUACAGUUGCUCCAGGCAAACUCGUCCCAUGGCCAGCAGCAGCUGGAGCUGCGAGGUGAGAUACUGGUCAGCACGUCAUCACCCCUGAUGGCAGCAUCUCCGGUGCGGAGACCAUCGAGCGAUGGUUCAACAACAGUCAGUGCUACCUCCAGCCCCGGGUUGGAUGAACAGGAGGAGGAAGAGAUGCGUGCGAUGGCCUACCGAAAUGCCUCGUCCCGUAUAGUCACGGAUGGACGCUUUAAACCGGUACAUGCGGUCGAUGAUCCACCGUCAACGAUACACUUUACGGCCCAGCACCAUCAGGUGCUACAUCACAGUUCAUCGACGUCAGCGACAACGACGACGACGACGGCUGAAGGAGGCUUCCAGGGCGGCAUAGGUUCGAUGGCCAGCGGCGGCAGCAAUAGCACGACGAUUUCAUCUUCCGGCAAUGGAAGCUACGAGCAAUCGCCACGCAAAAAGGCAAGGAAACAGUUGCUACAACCACUGACGGAUUCGACUGGUGGUAAUGCAGGAACAGCAGUAGCCGCAGGGCCCCUAUUAAAAUCGGGUUCCUCUUCCUCCGCUUCGUCUUCCGUCACAACGGUUGGUGUCUCGCAAAGUGGUCCGCAGCAGCAUCAGCUAUACGUGUCAUCCCAGGAUCUUGUCGAUGGAGGCAAUGCAAGUGAAGCAAUGGAUACGAGUGGUUCCGGAAUUGUCAUCAUUAGUGCGCAACAGCAAUCUAGCAGCAAGCACAACAGCGCAGUGGCCAGUUCCAUGGGACAGAAGAUGGCAAACAGCAUUAAACUGCUGGAACCAGUAAGCGCUGGAGCAAUAGUAACUGGGCAGCAGCAACAGCAGCAUCAACCACAACAGGAUCAUCAAUCAGGAGCAGCUGGGCCUGCAUCGAAACCGAUCGUUUCGCGAAAGACCAAUAACGUUAGCUUACUACAGUCGUACAAACAAACAUGGAAGGCGGCCAAUAAUCAUUUCCAGCGGUAUACUGACGUGAAGCAGCGUGAGGAGCGGCGACCAACCGUCAUGGACAUUGCGAAUCAAUCGCACAUUCUGCAGAAAGUGAACGGUUGGAAGAUUUAUCAUCUUAGCGCGCAGAUCGAGGAUUUGUGUGAUUUGGAAUCUCAAGCGUAUGGGAAGUUAGGUCAGAUGCUGCGUACGAUGGAGGCGGCGACAGCGAAUGCGAGCAGCAAUAGCAGUAGUAAUAGUAGUGGUAGUGCUGGUGGCAGCAGUUCCGCAGGAAGUACACCGAAAUCCUCUACGUCCGAUCUCGAGCGUAUCAAUGAUUUGUUGAAGGGCAACAUGCAACGAAGCAAAAUCGUGAUGGACGGCAUCAAUGAGGCGCGCACGCAGAUAAUGAAAAUCUUUGACCACAAACCACGCGUCUCCGAUAUCAUUCUGCGGUGUGCGUCGAAGCGGAACUUCAAGAAACGAGAAAAAACGUAAAACACCGAACAACACGCACAAUAGACGCUGGCUACUUCGAUGGUCAUCGCGAAGGUGAUACGAGAAUGCCAGGUCAGACCACCAGACAGUGCACUACUGGGGAGUGGUAAUCGAUUGUAAAUAAUCUCCAGUACGGUGUUAUUAUAUUGCUGACGUGUUGAGGCAGUGCAACGUGAUUUUUGGGUUUUUAUCCUGUUAGGUUUGUGUCAUAUUAGGGUAAGCAAACGGCAAGGAACUGCGACCGAAAAGCGCUCGAUCGGCCCAUAUCCUGUUGUAAAUCCCUUUUGUUUUUAACCCACUGUCAUCUUCAUCUCCACCCAAAUUUAGCGAAGGGUUGUUUGUGUGUGCGCGUGUGUGUGUCUGUACAUUUAAUGCAGGAAAAGUUUAGCAAAGGCAUCUUUUCGCCCAUUUCUCAUUGCUCCUUGUGCAUAAAGUGUCUCCAUCAAGAAUAGCCGGUAAGUUUUAGGCGAUCUCCCUUGAACCAAGCGUUACAAAUGUGAUCGUGUUAGCACAGCAGACCCCUUUGCCGUUGCAUAGAUACCGUGGCUUCGUAGCGAUAAGUUAGAAAAGCGAUUAGCGUUGAGGGUUGAUUUUAGUUUGCCAAGUAAUGUUUCAAUUUUUAAAUACUUCCUCUAACUUAGUUAUUGUAAGACGAUUAAGUAAAACGAAUCAUAUUAGGAAACUUAAGCGAGAAAGCAAUAUAUUGUUAUUGUAAGCAAGUGUUUGCUGGUGGUCUUUUGGAGGAACCGCAAUUUCUCAACGACAGCGACGGAUAGUAGGUGGCGCCGGGAAUCACUAGCAUGAUUUUAGUAUGUUCAGAAAAAGAGAAUAAAAGAAAACAAUCAAACUCAUAAGA